ACGAAUAUUGUUAUCCAUGUAGGUUUUUAUCACCCUCGUUGUGUUGCAAAGCUGCUUGAAGACGAAAGUGACACUGAAGAAAAAAUCGCUGGUGGCAAACCAUUCACAUGUCCUGCACACGUAUGCCAUAAAUGUAAAAAGAAAGAGGAUGAGACGGUGAAAGGGUUGCAAUUUGCGGUUUGCAGGCGAUGUCCGCGGUCAUACCACAGGAAAUGUUUGCCAAGCAAGAUUGUAUUCGACAAAAAAGAUAACGAUGAUGGUGUUAUAACUAGGGCGUGGAAUAAUCUUUUGCCUAAAUCACGCGCAUUGAUAUAUUGCUUGAUAUCGACGUUACUUAAAGAUGCUGCCGCUUCUAUGACAUAUAAUAUGGUUGAAAAGCGUUACGGCCUUGCCACCAGUGAUACCUAUGUAGGUGUGGCAAACAAGCAGCCAGAUAAUAAAACCGGUAAACUGGAUACCGCGCAACAAGGAUACAAUCAGGAGGCUUAUAUUGAUGUGACAAGGAAGUAUGAAAUAGGUUCUUCAAGUCCAAGGACUGGGUACGUCAAGGGUGGCCAUGAUUCGCGUAGUUCAAGUAGAUAUAGGCUUGUGGCUGCACAUCCAUCAUCAUCAUCAUGUGACAGGUUUGGCACAUUUGCAAUGAACCGAUAUGCACCUAGAUUGGAUGAGUUAAAUCACACAUGGAAGAAGAAUAGGGGGAUGCAGGUUUAUGAUCAUCCCCUUGGGACAAUGGAUGCUUCUCGUUCAGGCGAACACGAGAAACCGAGCCAGCAAUCCUCUCGACACCAUAACCCGCCCACCAAUCAUAGGGCGGCUGGAUGAACGAGUGAACAUGUCGAUAAAGCCAUUGUAAAUUGUAGUUUACAUACAACUUUAAUAUGUAGUUAUAGCUUCUUACUAUACUAGGUGUUUGGUCAUGUAACAAAAAGGAGACAGUAGAUGAUAAUCAGUAGUUAUAGUUUACUGUACU